CGUGGAUGCAGACGCUGGGGGACGUGGCGCAUCAUUUGCAAGAUUUCAACAUGAUUUUGCAGGUGCUGCACCAGUUCCCCAUGUGGCAGCGCCUGCUGCACAACUCGCUUUCAAAAUUGCGCGACUUUGCAAGUGCCUUGGAGAAGCACGAUGGAUCCUUGGUCGAGGUGGAGUUCGAUUCAGCAUCUCUGAUUGCGAAAGACGUGGACCUUUUGGCGGAGCAAUUGCCCACUGCAGCGACCCCGUCGCCGGCGCCAAACCCCAUACGAACGGAGCAGCCCCUUCCUGGUUCACCAGACAGAAGUCCUAGUAAGCAGGGCGCCGUAAGUCGCGCAACGCCGCAAGAACUAACGAGAGGCAGCGACCGGGGUGAAGGUUCUUUCUCCGAAGCACUGGGCGCCUCGGCAUCAUGUUUCAGUUCCGUGCGCAUCGCGAAUCCUCUAUCCCUUUGUCGACUCUUUGAUCCAGAUCCCGUGAACCAGAUACCUG